UCGGUUGCAUUAUCUGUCUCUCUCUAAACACUCGUGGACUCUCAUUUCUUAGCACUACGUACGCUUCCACCCACCCACUGAAGGGAGAGCUUCUUGCACGGCUUCAAUGGCCGCCAAUCUCCUCCUCCUCCCCUCCUCAUCCUCCAUUGCUACUCUGUCCAAUCUCCAAACGAAGCUCCACACCGCCCGGUUCAGACAACCCGCUCCCGCUAAACUGAAGGGUGACUACAGAUGGGCGACGACGAUCACCUGUGCUUCUUCGAACGGCAGGGAGCCCGGGUCUGUGGACAGCGGGGUGAAGAGCGUGGAGCGGUUGGUCGAGGAAAAACGGCGUGCCGAGCUGUCCGCUCGGAUUGCUUCCGGCGAAUUCACCGUUGAGCGAUCCGGUUUUCCAUCUCAGGUGAGGAAUGGCUUGUCGAAAUUGGGUGUUUCUCCCGAAGUUUUGGAUUUUUUCUUCCAAUGGUUUGAUUCCAGUGAAGACCAUCCGAAAAUUCCAGAGGCAAAAGGUGCAAUCAAUGCCAUUCGGAAUGAGGCCUUCUUCAUCCCCUUAUACGAACUUUAUCUCACAUAUGGUGGAAUUUUCAGGUUGACCAUUGGUCCCAAGUCGUUUUUAAUAGUUUCUGACCCAUCAAUUGCAAAGCAUAUAUUGAAGGACAACUCAAAAGCUUAUUCAAAGGGUAUUCUGGCAGAAAUUCUAGAGUUUGUCAUGGGAAAGGGACUUAUACCAGCAGAUGGGGAAGUAUGGCGAGUACGUAGACGUGCUAUAGUCCCCGCUUUACAUCAGAAGUAUGUAGCAGCUAUGAUUAACUUGUUCGGAAAAGCUUCCCAAAGACUUUGCGAUAAGCUUGAUGUUGCUGCUUCUGAAAGGGAAGAUGUAGAGAUGGAAUCACUCUUCUCCCGCUUGACAUUGGACAUCAUUGGAAAGGCAGUUUUUAACUAUGAUUUUGAUUCAUUGACAAAUGAUACUGGAAUAGUUGAGGCUGUUUAUACUGUGCUGCGGGAAGCAGAGGAUCGAAGUGUUUCACCUAUCCCAUUCUGGGAAAUUCCUAUAUGGAAAGAUAUCUCACCAAAGCAAAAGAAGGUCAAUGAAGCUUUGAAGUUGGUCAAUGAUACCCUUAACAAUUUGAUAGCGACAUGCAAGAGGAUGGUAGAUGAGGAGGACUUGCAGUUUCAUGAGGAAUACAUGAACGAAGAGGACCCUAGUAUCCUUCACUUUCUCUUGGCAUCGGAAGAUGAUUUUUCAAGUAAGCAACUCAGAGAUGACCUGAUGACGAUGCUGAUAGCUGGACACGAAACAUCUGCUGCCGUGCUAACUUGGACCUUUUAUCUUCUGUCGAAGGAGCCUAGCGUCAUGUCCAAGCUUCAAAACGAGGUUGAUUCUGUUCUUGGCGACCGAAUACCAACCAUCGAGGACAUGAAAAAACUAAAAUAUACAACUCGCGUUAUCAAUGAAUCAUUGAGGCUCUACCCACAACCACCUGUCUUAAUUCGUCGAUCUCUUGAGAGCGAUUUCCUUGGGAAGUACCCAAUAAAAAGGGGUGAAGAUAUCUUUAUUUCGGUCUGGAACCUCCAUCGAAGUCCAAAUCACUGGACUGAUGCAGACAAGUUCAAUCCUGAAAGAUGGCCGCUAGAUGGACCUAAUCCAAAUGAAACCAAUCAAAAUUUCAGUUACUUGCCCUUCGGUGGAGGACCUAGGAAAUGCGUAGGGGACAUGUUCGCGUCAUUCGAGACAGUAGUGGCAGUGGCAAUGCUUGUCCGGCGAUUUAACUUUCAAAUGGCUGUUGGAGCACCCGCAGUAAACAUGACCACAGGAGCAACAAUCCACACAACCAAAGGUUUGAAUAUGACGGUUACACGAAGGCUACAACCCCCAAUUGUCCCUACAAUAGAGAUGCCACUGCUUAAAGUGGAGGCUUCCACAAGUAGUUCUCAAGGGGAUUCGGUGUUGAGUAAGAAAGGAGAAGUUACAUCUGCCCAUUCUUGAACUUCUUGGGCGUUUUGCCACAUCAUUCAUGGUGAUUUAUAUUUGGGAAAUGCCUUCCCUUUUAGUGUAAUAUAUUUUUCCCCUAGUCAGCUUUUCGGGGAACAUGCAUAUGUACAAUGAGAACAGUUGCAGUCUCUGAGAAGUAAAUUGGAUCGUGUAUUCGAGUUUA